AUGUCUAUUUCUUCAGUCUCAGACUGGGGCGCGAGCACAUAUGGUGAGGAUGACUACGGCGUAACUUACUCUUCUUACCCAUACAUGAGCCAAGAGCCGGUUCAACUGGUUCCCAGUUACCGACAUACGUCUAACCCUAUGACACCUGCAGUUUACGUUGACCCAAAAACUCCAACCUACUCGUAUGGGAACCUUAUGCAUCGUCCAGCUACGGAUCAUGAUCUACCAGCACUCUAUUUGUCCGGUAUGGCAGCACCUCUUCCAACCCCUGACCGCCUUCCCACGAUCGACCGCACGAGUUUCGGAGCACCCAAUAUCCAAGCAAUUUCCCCGCCGCAACCUUGGCCUUGUCGCAGCAAAAAAACAAAAUAA